UAAACAAGUAAGUAAAUAACAUUCAAGCCGCUUUAUUUAAUACAUUUUGAUGACAAAUAACUAUUGAAUAAGUUCACUACACGAAGAAUUGAACCGUAAAGUUUUGAGAAAACGAAGUAAUAUAAAUAACUUUAAAAAUGGAGUUAGAAAAUGAUCUAACCAGUAAGUUCUUGAGUGGUGAAAUGUCCUUUGCUGAAUAUUCCAAUGAAUGGUAUAAUAUGGAUGACGAAGAAGACAUAGAUGAUGCAAGCAAAAGAAAUGACGAUGAGCCUUUUUCUUUCUCCGGAAAAGGCAUGCAAAGACGUCGUAAGUUUGCUAGGUUACCACCAGGCCUUUUGGGGUUAAUGGGAGAAGCUAAUUUACGUUUUGUAAGAGGAGACAGAGACACAGCUGAAAAAAUGUGCCAUGAGAUAAUUAAACAGUUCCCAACUGCUCCAGAGCCGUACCAAACUUUAGCUCAACUAUAUGAGCAUGAUACAGAAAAAUCACUACAAUUUUCCUUACUAGCAGCUCACCUUAGUCCUCCAGAUGCUGAAGAAUGGUUGAGACUCGCUGCCAUAUUCAAGCAAAGAAAUGAUUGUAGGCAAGAGAUGAUUUGCUACACACAAGCAAUAGCAGAUGACCCACAUAAUUUUGAUAGUCAUCUGAAAAGAAUAGACCUUCUUGAUAAACUAGAAGCCAUAAAUUUCCCAAUUAAUACAUUACAUAUAACAAAGCUCAAGUGUUAUCAUAAGAUUGUAACCUCAUUGCCGGCUUCUGAAGGAGAAACCAUAAUGAAAUAUGCUAAACUAGCUGUGACACAAUAUCAUAAUAAUAAUGAAAUGGAGCGAGCACUAGCAGUGAUGUCUUCAGCUUAUAAAAAGUGCCCAACUUUGUUCAAUUUAGAAGAUCUCAAUAUAUUUUUGGAGCUUCUCAUAGGACAGAAGCAAUUUCAAACAUGUAUUGAAAUAUUUGUUGCCAAUGUUGGAGUUGAAAUUGAAGCAGAAAUACAAACUGUUAAAAAUUCAGAUGGAGAGAUAGAAGAGCAAACUAAUUACUUAAAUUGUACAAUACCUGAUUCUUUGCCUAUAGAUUUAAAAAGUAAGCUAUUAGUCUGUUUUAUCCAUCUUGGUGCUGUUAAUUUAGUUCAAAUGUUGUUAACUGACUUUUUGAACAAUGAUGUAGAAAAUGCAGGAGACUUGUAUAUGGACAUAGAAGAAGCACUUUCUUCAACUGGACAGCAUGAAUUAGCCAUACAACUGUUAGAGCCACUGGUGAAGAACAAUAGCUUUGACCUUGGAGCAGUGUGGCUAAAGCAUGCAGAAUGUCUGUACAUGCUCGGCAGAGAAACAGAUGCUAUUAAUUCAUUUUACAAAGUAUUAAUACAUGCACCACAACAUCCUGAUGCUCGAAGAAAGUUGUAUGCCAUACUAGAGAAGAAAGGGCGUAUUGAUGAAGCUUUGCAAAUGUUGGAACAAGAUUUUAAGUAUGUAGUCAAUGCUAACUUAUUAUAUGAACAAUGUUUGGCACUAAAAAAAUAUAAAAAAUGGGAAAAGUAUUUAGAGGUGGGUGAAGCUUUGCUCUCUAAAACAUUUGUCAAGUUCAGACACCAAGAGGAGUUAAAUAUGGCAUGUAAGGCACGAUGUGGAAUUGACCUAAUUCACAAUUUUCGUACGAUGAGAGGAGAAAGCCAAUAUCAUGAAAAUGACAUUCACUUUGAUGAAGAUGAAACUUUCAAAUUUACACCGCAGGAAGAAUGGGACUUCUUUCUAGAAAUGUUAAAAACUGCAUGUAAAUUUAAAAAAUACUUUUUGAUGCAAAGAUUGACUUUUGGUGCAAUGAUGUCGAAGAGUUUAUCUCCUCAUCGUCCAGAUAUUGAAUUCUACUGCUUGCAAGCCUGUAUGUUAAGUAAUGACAACCAAAACGCAUUCCGCUUCAUCAGAGAAUUCUCUCAGAAGCAUCCGAGUAACCGGUCAUGGAACUUAUUAAAUCUUAUUAUAAAUUUUAUUGAUAGGAAUACACAUUCUAAGUUCUUAUUAAGACUAUUCCAAAGAGAUAGUAACAAUGUCACAAAGCACUUAUUCUUGGGGAAUCACUUUCUAAUUUCAGGGAGAUACUUAGUAGCAUUGAAGUACUAUUUGGAAUACCAUGAAAAAUGUGGUGACUCUUUGUCUGCAUUUUUAAUUGCCAUUACUAUUUUAGUGAUGGCAGCACAAAGAACUGUAGACAAACACCACAAUUUGAUUCUCCAAGGAAUGGCAUAUAUGCAAACUUAUCAGUCUUUAAGGAAAUGUGAUCAGGAAGCUAAUUAUAAUAUGGGAAGAGUAUAUCAAAUGUUAAGCAUCAAUAAUCUUGCCAUUGAGUAUUAUGAAAGGGCUCUUGCUUGCGACCAUGUUACGACAUGUGAACAACAUGGAGUCAUUGAUCUGAAGAGAGAGACAGCAUACAAUCUGUAUCUGCUUUAUAAAGACCAUUCGCCAGUCAUGGCUAGAAAGUAUUUGUUAAAAUAUCUUGUCGUGUAAUAUUCUAAUAUCUAAUAUAAAAAAUAAAUGUGAUUUAAAAUGAAAA